GUCAGGGCCCAAAACACUGGCUGCGGCCCAUGGGCUCAACUUCAUGACCAUCGCCAUGGAAUUAGGGUUUUAUAUUGAUCUCUGCAUCAUGCGUUGCUGCUUUGCCUCCUCUCGCUUCCGUCUCCAAACCUUGAGGUAUUUUACCGAGGAGUGGUAGAAGGAGAGAAAGAGAGCGAGAAUGGUGGAGAAGACGAAGGGAAGAAAGGAAGAGGUGGUCACUAGGGAGUACACCAUCAACCUCCACAAGCGUUUGCACGGAUGCACUUUCAAGAAGAAGGCUCCAAAAGCCAUAAAAGAGAUCAGGAAAUUUGCACAGAAAGCCAUGGGGACCAAAGAUGUGAGAGUGGACGUGAAGCUCAACAAGUAUGUCUGGAGCAGGGGGAUUCGAAGCGUCCCAAGGCGAGUUAGAGUUCGUGUUGCACGCAAGAGGAAUGAUGAUGAAGAUGCAAAGGAGGAGCUCUACUCUCUUGUCACCGUUGCUGAAAUCCCAGCAGAAGGCCUGAAGGGGCUGGGUACCAAGGUUAUCGAAGAAGAUGAUUGAUUUGUUAAUGGCAGCCCUCAUGUAGUAACCAUAGAUGAGAUUUUGAGUAGUGUUCUGUGUUACUGGGACUAGUUCAGUUUUUUUUCCUUAUGUUUGGUCCAUUACUGCUUAGAGCAGCAUACGCUGGCUGUUAACAAUUGCAGAGACACAAUUCUGUUGAAGUUUUACUUUGUUAUGACU